AAUUCCGAUCACCGUUCGUCUGUGUUUCUGAGAUCAAAUCGACUUUCUUAAUUACAAUCAAUAAUGAGUCGCUAUCAAUCGCUCCCGUUUCUUGCCUCGGCACUUUUUCCCAGGGUUCUUGCUGGACCUGGUCAAAAUCUCGACGCUAUCUGCAAGUCCACUGAAGGGACCUACGGCUGCGAGGAAUAUUUCAAGAUCCCAUACGGCUCAGAGCCCAUCACAACAUGCUUCGACACCAGCCCAUGUGGCGUUCAAAUCCUGACCAACAACCGCAACAUUUGCGACCUUAUCGGAGAUGCCAUGGGCAACGAUGACUUCGUCAGCGGCUACACAGCAUACUGCAGAGAGGCGCCCCGAGCUAUCAAAGAAGUCAAGACGGAGCGCGCUGUAUGGGUAGACGGUAAGCUCAAGGGAGCCAAGUGGAUUGCGCUGGCUACUGCGAACAGCGCUGAAGAGGAAUUCGCCAACCGAGGCUUCAAGUACGGGAACACCAAGAGCACCGUUCUUUCCAACCAACUUGCCAAUAAGGAUGGAUGGGUGGUACAGAAAGCAGCAGAGAUCAACACAAAGAGCUACUUCGAUCUUGUCGAGCGCCUCAGCAAAUGCGGUGCAGAUGGAUGCGGCGGAGAGAAGCUCGAUUCCGUCAUGGAAUGGUUUCUUGAGUGGAUUCCCAAGGGCACCGAGAUCAAGAACGGCCAGAUGUCAAAGAUGCUCGCCGACUGGGAAAAGACCUUCGCUACACCCUACAAGAACCGAAUUAUGGCGAUCAAGAAUGCAGCAACCACUGUCCAAACCCGCGUCAAGACUGUUUCAACCAAGGUCGACUCGAUCAAGAAGAGUAUUUGUCAGAAGAACGCCUGCUCCGGCAAGACAGCUUCUACAUACCUCAACAAUGUGUCUGCCGCUCUCAAAGCCGUCAAGGAUCUCAACAACAUCAUCGCCGCUGCUAGCUCUGCCGACGAGAAGCGCAAGUUCAUCUAUUACAACUUCCUGGGCAACAUUCAGGCCGCCUACAACCUUGAUGCACAGUAUCUUAUCCCUAACAACCUUGCUGAUCUUUUGGAUGAUGGAAGGUUCGACACGCUUCGCGGCAUCAUGCAUGGCUACGGUACUGUCACAUCUGAAAUCAGCAUGUAUGCCAACGACAUCAAGAGGAACCUUACUCCCCUCAUUCUCCUUACCAAGCAUGAGUCAAGAUCUCGCGAUGCAUUGAAGAAGAUCAACGCUCAGCUUACUCAGAACUGGAAGAACAACGCGGAGCUCUCCAAGACUGUGGCUUCACGCAAGGUUCGUGAUGGCUUCAUCCAGAUCCAGGGUCACCUCAAGAAAGAACUUCAAGGUUCCCUCACUACUCUCAUUAAUGCGAUCGAUGCUUUCGACAAUGAUUUCCUCAAGUUUCCUCUCCGAGGUAACAAGAUGGUGGUCGAGUGGGGAGCUGCUCCAUAUGAUCGCUGGUACAACCUUGAGUUCAAGUAUCCUUGCAGAAAGGAAGUAACCAAGACAUUCACAGAGGCUGGAUUCUCAAAGGAUCACACUUGGCCUGUCUUCAGCCCCUGUACUUUCACUACCCAGAAGGUUGAUAUGCCCAAGGGUUGGAUUCCAUACAUCAAGUAUCGCUUUGUCAAGCCAUGAUCGACUGACAAUACUUCUCGGUGGCAGUGAUAUCAUGAACUUUACUUAGAGAGCUAGCAGUUAAUGGUUAUUUUAAUGUACAAGCAGACUUCUGGAAUAUAUCACAACUCACACGACAGUCAAACUCAUCUUCACAUAAUUGGGCACAGCAGC